AUGACGGCAAUAAAAAAAGUGAUUGAUUCAUCUUUGAUAUUGUUCGUCGCUCUCAUUGCCCUACUCUUUACAUCAACAUCAUCGUUGCCUGUGCCAGGUUUGCAUCAAAGGCAAAUUUCACCGCCCUCACUGUCAUCCACACUAUCAUCCACACCGUCAUCCACGCCGCCAUCCACACCAUCAACAACACCGUCAUCCACACCAUCAACAACACCAGCGACAGCGCGAAUAUCA